GAUUCUUCUUUGCUUCUUUUUUUCUCUUUCGUCCCUUGCGCAUAUAGUGCAAGGCGAGAGAUAUAUAGAGGCGCAUUGUUUCGGGAUUCGGAAGGCGUGACGCGGAGUGAUCGCUGCUUUCCCUUUCGUUCUCUCUCGCGGAUGGUUACGCGGCGAACCCUUUAAUUCGCGGAUGUAGAUUGCCGGCUUACCGUGUGUGUCUUGUACGUAUAGGUAGACAAAGUGCGCGCAGUGUUGUUGUUUCGAUUUUAUAUUUCUGUUUUGUUAAUCGGUCGGGGGUUUCAUCUUUGAGGAAAGUGCGGGAAGAGGUCGGCGCGGGGUUUCGAAGUUUUUAAUCGGCGUAAUUGGAUCGAGCCUGACGUGUUUAACUUCAAAAGUGGCUUUGGCCACUUUUUAAUCGAACUAUAUAGAAUAGUCGUCUUCAAAUCUCAGUUGAAUAAAGCGUUCAUCAACAAUCCAGUGUAACAAGCCGCUGACAGACUUCCAAUCGAAUAAAGUAUCCACGCGGUUCAGCCACUAUUCCAACAGCCGAAACGCACUUACUCACCGCGAGCCGAAUUUCGAGCAUUUUGUCAUGGAAAACUAGUUUUGUACAUACGCGCGCUUCGUAUGUGCAUAAUAACUAAAUCCACGACAUGGCACAAUAAUCCGUUACGCUUAUCGUCGAAAAAUCAUCGUCCCGCACACACAAGCCAGUACACACGUAAUCAAGCUAACGAACCGAAUUGUUUGCAGAUGCAGUAUUCAACUCUGGUCUUGGCGGUGGUGGGCUGCUGCCUGGCCGUGUACGUCAGCGCCGAAGAAUCGACGCAGCAGCAGCAGCUGCUCCCGAUAACCGAACAGGACGGCGAGACUCACGUCCGGGAGAAGAGGACGUUGUUCCUGAAGAAGAAGCUCCUCGGAGCUGGUCUGCUGGGCUUCGGACUCGGUGCCGUCAAGGGCUACAAGCUGGGCUACCACAGCGGACCGCAAGUGCACCACGUGUACCUGGCGCCGCCUCCUCCUCCGGUGAAGUACGUCGAGUACGUCGAGAAGCCAGUUUACGUGCCGCACAUCGUGGAGAAACCAGUGUUCAAGCCGGCCCACUUCGACCACUACGAGCCCGCCUGGUCGCAACAGGAUCCCUCGCCAGUUUACGGACCACCAUCAUCGUGGUAGGUGUGGACGAGGUGGAUUCCGGCUUCGACUGAUGGACGCUCGAAUGUUACGUCGAUGAAAACCAAAAGCACUAGGAGAUUAAAGUUGUUGUUAUGUGUAAUUUUUGUUAAUACUUUUUUAAAUAAAAAAAAAUAUCGAAACUCAA